AUGAACAUUAAAGAUUGGCGGGAGAUGCGCGCUCCCCCGCCCCCGCGCACCCGCGACACCCCCGAACCCCUCAUUACUUAUACAAAAUACUUAAGACGCGCGUCGUCCCGCUCUCCGCGCGCUAAUAGCUCGCGCCCACUAUAUCGCCGUCCCGCUUCACCCGCCGUAAUUAAGCUCGCCUCGCCUCUGAAGCCCCGCCCCCUGUGCGGGGAAAGGGGCAACAGCGAGCGGGGGGCGCCGCGUCCAUUCGCGCAGUGUGCCGGCGACCGUUGA